AUGGUACCUACCGAUACUGCCAUCAAACACUGCAUUGGUCGAGGCCAUUUGGCGUCUCGAGCUGACUGCCCUGUUAAGAGGAUGCCUCUGGACCCAAGGCAGGAUAUGGAGAGUAAAAUGCACAUGCAGCCCGCCAACAACCUUGAGGGUGGCCCGUCUCCGAGUUCGAACAAGGCUCUCGACAUUGGAUCUAGCGAUGAGAAUCUCACCCUGUCCCGACCUCCCGAAAAGAUUACCCCCGAGACGGGAGUCCUCAAGAUGGAUCUUCAGCAACUUGAUGCUCUGCCCAGAAGAUCAACGAGCAAUACAUCGACCCAGUCAACAAGAUCAAUCUUAGCACCCGGCGAGCGGCUCUCAGAAUAUUUUUAG